AUGGUGUGUAUAGCGCUCCUGGCUGAAUGGUCUACUUCAUCUUCUACGGAGGCGCCCACGAUUUACCACACUAUAAAGGUUCAGCAGCGAGUUUCCAGCCACCCGAAUAAUGGCAGCGAAUUCAUAGAUAUAAUCAACACUCUCCUGCCGGACAUAUCAAAACUAUUACGAGACAUUAAGGCUAAAUCCACCGACACUUCCCUCCGCCAAGCAAAGCGCUUCCAGAGCCUUAUUGAAUUAUUACUUCCUCUCAUCAGGAGGAUAGUCGAAUUCCAGGCCGAAGACGAAGGCCGGCAGGUUAACCAGGAAGAUGUCGAGAUGCUAGAUAAUGUAGAACUUGCCAUAAAGUAUCUAAAUGAACUAGCAGAAUCGGAUUUCCAAUUAGAAAAUCAUCCAGACACCCAGAUGGCAGACUACACAGAAAUCCGCUUACCUGAUUACACCAAGGUCCAGACAGAAAUCCCUGUUCCAGGAAAACUAAUUACACACUCAGGUGUCAAAGAAACAGCAGUUUCUAAACAUGAGCUAUCACACAAAAGCAAGCCAAUUUCUCUUGAAGGUUAUGGAACCAGAAAUAUUAGGCCUGUGAGAAAAGUACCCACAUCUAUAAGACCAUUUGAAAACUUACCUUCGCUCGAUCAGAUACCUGUGAAAGACAUGCUCAUGGAGAUUACAAGUGCCAAGACAGGGAUACCACUAAACAUUAAGAAGCCUACGACCACAGUACUUCCAGGUUCAUCCUACAGGCACAUUCCUGCUUCCAGGUGGCUGAGACAACAAAUGUCAGGAAACAAAUGGGUAUUGGAAUCGUCUUAAGGAACACCAAUCACUUGUUUUGAGUCUUCUUCCCCUUAUAUAGCAAUCAGUCUUCUUAAUUACUGUGUAACUCAUUCACGCAGGGUUUGCAGCUCAUUUCUAAGUUAGGUUGGAUUAUGUUCAGUUACAACCGAGAAAACUGUAAA